GAAGAGCACUCUUGUGUCGCAGGAGGGAAGGGGGAGAUGUCGCUGGUGGAUUACGCCUCUUCGGAUGAAGAAGAAGAGAUCGAUUUGCACGGAAUAGAAGAAGAUAAGGGCAAGAAGCAAAUCGAAUCUGCUGCUCCUUCGCUCGCUUCUCCUCCUCCGUCGUCGCCGCUGCCGCCUUCUUCGGUUCUACCUCCCAAUCGCCGAAAUCAAAACUCCAUAGUGACAGAUCAACCUUCAACUAUAGUCUCCUUGCCGCCACCAUCAUUGGAAGGACUUCCAGAUGUAUCAGUUCUACUUGCAGCACCGUCCUAUGAGUCAAACCACAUGGUUGGUGAUCACUCCUCUAGAGUUGCCGCUGCAAUUGCAGAAAGAGCAUCAAGGAAGAGAGAGUCAAAUGGUUCUACCUUUCCUCAACCAUCUAGUAAACAUCCCAGAGGACAAUCAACACAUUCAAGAAAUGUUCCCAACACAAUGGGUGGCUUGUUAGUUCCACCACAGCUCAGUGGGAGGAGCAAUGUGGUUACUGAAGAUGUCGGAAAGUUAUUCGUCAGCAAGCGUGGAGAGUCAUCUCGGUAGCCCGUCAACACCAUUUUGCUUGUGAUCAUCUUGCGAGGAGCAUAUGUUUCAUGGACGUGUACUUCACUUCACUGUAGCCACAGGAUCCGGCCAUCAUAGUUGUGACCUUCUUGUAGACUGAACUGACCUUUCUUUUCUCUCUUCAUGUAGACUGCAAAUGACAUGAUGAUAUCUGUGACGUUUGAUGGA